UGUUGUUAUGUCUAUGUUGAUUUACAGUGAGGUUAGUUGUGUAUGUAAGACUUUAAUUAAUUAAUUAAUAAAGUUUAAUUAUUAGCGUCAAUCAUUUGUAUGUGUGAAAAAUUAGUGAAUAUUUUUGAAAAAGAAAUUUUACCAAAAUGGAAGAAUGUGUUUUUUCACUGUAUAAAUUAAAUGUAUGAAAUACCAAGAAAAUUAAGUUUGACGAGAUUUCAAACCAGUUUUGGUUUUAUUUAUGAGAAAAUGACACUCUCGUACAUAAUGUUCUAGUUUAGGACAAAAGAAGAGAAAAAAAAAUUGAAGUUGCUUAAUUGUUUGAAAUAAUAAAAGCGUACAUGAAGUUAUUCAAAAUGCAAUCAGAAAGUCAUCUCAUUAAAGAAAUUCCCCAACCAGGAUUGAAGCAAGUUAAAGUUGACAAUUGGGGAACAUUUUUUCUUCAGAGACUUCAACAAUUAUAUUUCGAGGAACAAUUACUUGAUCUUACUAUUAAAUUUCCCACCAGUGAUAUCACAGUACAAGCUCAUCGACUUGUAAUCACAACAUGUACAGACUACUUUACACUACUUGAACAGCAACAAAUACAAAAUAAUCCAUCGUAUGAUGGCGUUCUUAUAAUGCCGCCAGACAUGCCAUACGAAUGCGUAAAAUCAAUUAUAAGUUUUAUGUAUACUGGACAAUUGGAGUACUGGACUUCAGAACAAAAUGCACUAUAUCGCACUGCCCAGAAAAUGAAAAUGACAGUUCUGACGAAAUUACUUGACGCACAAUCAUAUUCGAGCAAUUCACAAACAAAUGUACAAACAAAUGAAAGUACAAGUCCAGUUAGUGGAUCUUAUAAAGAAAGUCCACGCGUAAAAAAAUCUAAGUCUGAAAUUAAUAACUCUUCAUUACCAACUCAAGUUUUACCUGGAAGAAAACUUCCAAUUUGGAAAAGAAAAUUAGACACAAGUCCAGAAUUAAUGCAAACGAAUUAUGAUUUGGGAUCGUUUCGCGGAACGUCAUUGAGUCAUCCAAUUGAAACAACAUCCGGUCCAUCGAGAUUCGAUCUUCCAGAAGUUGAGGACUAUGCUCUCGGUGUAUUCUCUUCAUUCGACGACAUCACAUACGAUACAAAACCAAUAGUUCAAGCUCCCGAAAAUAGUAAUCACACGAAUUCAAAUAUACACGACAUAGACGAUGAUCGUAGGAAUUCAAUUGUCAGUGAAAUGAUACACAAACAACGAAAUUCAAAUGAUUUUUCCGACGACGAAUGGACAGGACCAAAGUCAAUAAUGAAACAUCAAGACGACGAAUCAUCGUCGUCAUCGAAAAAAGUGCGUUUUGACUUUGAGGAAAAGGAGAAUAUCGAAAAAACGGCAAAUCCACCGGAAUCAAUGGACAAUCAUGCGAAAAUAAUAAAAGAAGUUUUAAAAAAAUAUCCUCAUUUAGUGAAGAAUAACAAGAAUAUUCGUUUGAAAAUAAUGCAAAAAGAAUCAAAAUCAUCGAAGCAACCAAGUGUUUCGGCAAAGACAAAAGUUUCGUACGUUGUUUUAAAGUCGGAUAAUUUAAUAACAAAUCCCGACGAAUCGAGAUCGGUGAAUUCCGAUGGCGCCGCAAUUGGUCCAUGGAAAUGCAGUAAAUGCGAUCUCGAGGAGGAAUAUACAAAUUAUUACAUGUACAGAAGGCACAUGCAAGAUGUGCACGAGCAAAAAUUUGAUCCUCGUGUUUGCGAGCAUUGCGGCUAUAAAGCGACGAAACGUAAUAUUUUAAUGUAUCAUCUCUACACAAAACAUAAUGUGCCUCCACCGAAGAAUAUGUGCUUUCCCAAAUGUCCCGGUUGUUCAUACGUUGCACUCUCCGAGACACUAUUAGUGAAACAUCAAAUAAAUCACAAACAUCGUCCAUCAUCAUCAUCAUCAUCAUCUGUCCAUCAAUCAUCGUCAUCAUCGACCAACGAAGGCAGCAUUCACUGUAUGCAAUGCUCACAAACAUUUAAAGACGUCGCCGAACUCGCGAGUCAUGAAAUCAGUACCGGACACGGUACAAAUAACGACAAAGAAAAAACACACCGUUGUCCCCAUUGUGGAAAAACAUUCGUUCGCAUGACAAAUUUACACGUUCAUCUCGAUUGUGCUCAUAAGGAGUUACGCGAUUCAACCACGACCCAAUCGCUGAUUACUUUGAAACCAUCGACCGAAGCCGAAGCUCUGAGCAAUGUUGUCAGUGGUAUUGCCACGUCACUAGGCGUCAAUGAUCAGGAACAAUCGCAAUUGGUCGUGAGAACCGAGGGCAAUGAAUAUAUUGUACCCGAAAUGUCGAAUGCCAACUCGCAGAGUUUUCAGGAACAGGAGAUGUUGAUGUUGAUCGAUGGCGAUACUUAUGAGCAAGAAGAAGAAGAGGAGGAGGAAGAAAUAGAAGAAGAAGAGGAGGAUAAUCGUCAACAGAAUACAGAUGGCGAUAUGAUUGUCUACAUUCAGGAGAAUGAUGUCCAUCAUGAGAAACUUGGUUACACGACGUAUCAUUCGAUGGAAAUGGUUCCGUGUCAGGAAGAAAUUGUCGAGGAGGUUGUUGAGGAACUGGAAGAAUUGGAGGAGGAAGUAAUUGAAGGUAAUUCGAAUAUCCUUAAUGAACAAAGUGAUAGUCACAUGGAGGAUGAAAUACAAUAUGUUGAGGAGGAAACAGAAAUUGUUGAAUAUAAUGAGGAUAAUGCUCCAAAUAGCGAUAAUAUUGAUUCACAAGAAGCAAUUAUGAUAAUUGAGGAGGAACAAUUAGAUGAGGAGAUUGAUAGUAAUGCAAAGUACAAUGAUAAAAAUAUUGCUUCUGAAUGGAACGUUGAUAAACGAAUUGUAUGAAAUAGCCUUUUUUUUCUUCUAAAUGUAUAAAAAAAAAAAUGAGAAAAGGGAUUUUUAUCAAUCAUUUA